AUGGCUCUGCGAUGCUUCCGAACUUUUAUUGGAACGCGGGCUUUUAAUACCGUUUGCCGCCGCCCUCCGCCAAAUAGUGUGUAUGCUCGAGUUCGGAAUUUCAUAAUUUCAAACGAAAUUCUUCGUGGUGAUGCUGAUCGUGAACCGUCCUCAUCCCUCAGCAAUAUUCAAAAGGAGCUACUAGAGCAAAUUGAAGAUGCUGAUAUAAAUUACAAUGAGUUUAAAGUUAGGCGUGGUGGACCAACUACUAGGGAGGCUCCCAACCUGAUACCGUUUGAUCAGGAAAGACGCAUCGUUGGAUGUAUAUGCCAUGAAGAAUCUCAUCACAUCAGCUACCUGCUGCUCUAUAGGGGCUUACCUAUUCGCUGCAAAUGUGGCCACUGGUUCAAACUGGUCACAUUUGAUGAAUAUGAGGCUGCACGAGAUCGAUAUUGGAAAAAAAUUGAAUCGGAGCCCGAAAACGAGAAACUGAUGAAGGACUUGAAUGAUGCUGAAACUGAAUUGCAAGUGCUUCUCGAAGGAAGCAAAUUAAUGACCAAUCGUUCCCCUGGGUCUACUGAAAUGUUGGACAAGUUGUCGAUACAGUGGAAUAAGUACAAAAAUGCCUACCACCUGAUUAGAAAGAAGAUAGAUGAGGCAUGUAUCACGGAUAUUCGUUGA